ACUUGGAGUAGAGCCUGAGCUGAGCCUGGUUUUGACUUGGAGGCCAGUGCAGGUCGGAGGCAGGAUGGAGGCGCGCGAGCGAUGUUGAAACUUGUCCGGAGGCGGUACCUCCUGCUGGGGGCGGUGGUGCUGAGCCUGCUGGCCGGCGUCUACUACGCCAAUUACGCGGCCAGGGACGGGCCGACUCCAGCCGGGGCCCGAUUCAUGUCUGACGCGCCGGGGGCCCCCGUCGUUCAAGCGGCCCCCAGGCCCAGCGAGGCCCCCGAUUGGCAUGAACGCGACUCCUUUGUAUCUGCAGACAACUGUCCGGUUCAACUCGACCCUGCCCCGGCGGAUGUGGACACCGUCCAGACGUUCAAACAGUUCGACUUCCAGCCCAACUGGAUGAAGAGCAAAGAGUACUGGGACAGCCACUUGGAGGAGCGCUACAAAAAACGAAAAUCAGAGGCGUCUGAAAUGCCACUGCGGGUGAUAGUCGUCCCUCAUUCUCAUACCGACCCAGGGUGGCUGAAAACAUACGAGAACUACUUCCACUACCAAACGAGGGUGAUUCUGAACAACAUGGUGGACAAAUUGCAGCAGUACCGCAACAUGACCUUCAUCUACACCGAAAUUUCCUUUUUCGCCAUGUGGUGGGAAAGUGCACAUCCGACGAAAAGAAAAAUCGUGCAGACGUUGUUGGACGAGGGUCGGCUGGAAAUAAUGACAGGCGGCUGGGUAAUGACUGAUGAGGCCGCAGUCCAUUUAUACGCAAUGGUUGACCAGUUAAUCGAAGGUCACCAAUGGGUAAAAAAUAAUCUAAAUAUUGCCCCCUCCACCGGCUGGUCUAUCGACCCCUUUGGUCACGGCGCCACCGUGCCCUAUCUGCUGAAGGCGUCCGGCCUGAAUGCCACCAUCGUCCAGCGAAUCCACUACGCGUGGAAGCAGUGGCUGGCCCAGAAGCAAAUGGGCGAUUUCAUCUGGCGACAGAACUGGGCCGGAGAAGAGGACGCGAUGACCGCCAGUGACAUGCUUACUCACAACCAACCCUUUGACAUCUACUCAAUCAAACACUCAUGCGGGCCUCAUCCUCAGGUGUGUCUGAAUUUUGAUUUCCGCAAAGUUCCCGGCGAGUACACAGACUACUCAGUCAAAGCUGUUCCUAUUGAUGAUAAAAAUGUCCGAGAAAAGGCAGACCUGCUGUUAGAGCAAUACGGAAGGACAGGUUCCCUCUUCCCACACAAUGUGGUGUUGAUGCCUCUAGGAGACGAUUUCCGCUACGACCAUGAUGUUGAAUGGGACCAGCAGUACAUCAACUAUCAAAAAUUAUUCGACUACAUCAACUCAAACCCUACCAGAUACCAAAACACAAAGGUGUCCUUUGGCACCCCUUCUCAAUACUUUAAGGCUGUUCGAGAGAGAAUGGACGAGUUGGACACAAAAUUCCACACAUUGAAGGGCGACUUUUUCGUCUACAGCGACAUUUUCAGCGAAGGCAGACCCGCCUAUUGGUCAGGUUACUUCACCACCAGACCCUAUUGGAAGCAGCUGGAUCGAGACUUGGAGGCCAACCUGAGAUCGGCUGAAAUUCUGUACACGGUGGCCCUGGGAAGGGCAAGAAUGCACGGCGCAAAUCGCACAGUCCAGCUUCUGGAGCGAGACUUUGAGCGUCUGGUGAAGGCUCGACGCAGCUUGGGGCUUUUCCAGCACCACGACGCCAUAACUGGAACUUCGAAAGCUUUUGUCAUGCACGAUUAUGCCCUGAAGCUGUUCGAAGGCAUUCAGGACACCAUGGCCAUCCAGAGUCGGAGCGCCCACGCCCUUUUAUUGCCUCCAGUUGCUCUGGACGCUGCAGAAAAACCAACUUACAAAUUAGGACAGGUUUUGCUUUCUGACACUGAUAGAGAAACCUACGAGCAACAGGCGCGGAAGGUUCCCAUUCUAGUUCCGCACAAUGAGCCCCGAAAAGUAGUCCUUUUCAACUCCUUGGGCCAGCAGAGACAGGAGGUUAUUAGGGUGAGACUUUUCUCUCCUGAUGUCAGGGUCCUUGAUGCCAAAGGGGCAGCGAUCCCCUGCCAAGUGAACCCUGUCUGGAAUGCCAGCACCAUGCUGCAGGACCAGUUUGACAUCGAGUGGGUGGCCGACUUGCAGCCUUUGGCCCUCACCACUUAUAUUUUGGAUAGAGUGGCGGAAAACAGCAAUAUUCCUACUAGAGCUGUUGUUUACUGUUCUGACUGUCUUAAAAAAGACAAAGAGGGAAUUCCAGAGGCAAGUCCAGAGGGUCCGUUUGAAAUUCGCAAAAUGCAGCCUGGCGACAUCCAGCUGGAAAACCACAAGCUGAAACUUUUGUUUGACGGCCGAACAGGCUUUCUCAGGGCCAUCACUCGCAAGGCGACGGGCCGCACCACCCAGUGCGCCAUCCAGUUUGCCGCCUACCCUUCGGCACAGUUCCACAGCGGCGCCUACCUAUUCAUGCCGGACCCCAACUCGAGAGAGCCCGAGAAGGAAAUUCUGCAGGACGACAGCCAAGAAAUUUCCAUAACGUCUGGACCGAUUUCGUCGGAGAUUGCGGUCACCUACGGCAAACUGCUGACCAUGGUCAUCAGGGUGUACCACGCCACCGGACCACUGAGUGAAGGAAUCUCCAUGGAAACACACAUCGACUUUGACAUGCCACCGAAAAACAGAGAGACUGAGCUUUUUAUGCGCCUCAUCACCGACAUCAGCAACGGACAAGGUCCUGAAGGGACCAUACCUGAAUUUUACACAGAUCAGAAUGGAUUCCAGAUGCAGAAGAGGAUAAAGGUUGAAAGGAUUGGAAUUGAAGGAAAUUAUUUCCCAAUCACCUCGAUGGCCUACAUUCAGGAUGGUGGUCGCCGAAUGAGUUUGCUGGUUGGCCACUCAAUGGGCGCCGCCAGUUGGCAGCCAGGUUGGCUUGAAGUGAUGUUGGAGCGGCGCACCCUGUACGACGACUCCAGAGGAAUGGGCGAAGGGGUGGUGGACAACAAACGCACCACCACCAAAAUGUGGCUGCUGCUCGAGGAAGUGGGCGUUGAAGGAGACGAGGAGGCCCUUUCCCGGCCAAGUCUCUUCGCCCACCACAUGAGCAACGCCCUGCUCUACCCUGCCAACCUUUUCGUCGUCGAAGGGGGCGAGGACCCUGCCCUAAGACGCAGGGUGGCUCUGCUGACGCGCCCCCUCCCCUGCGACACUCACCUCCUGUCUCUUCGGACCCUGGCCGACCCAAUUUAUGCCCAGUUUCCGGCCGCCUCGGCCCUGCUUUUGCUGCAACGCCAGGGCCACUCUUGCAAGGUGGCCUCACACGUGCCCCAGUGUGGCCUCAGCAAAGGCGGCCACGGCCAACUCCACCCAGGCACGGCGUUUUCCGAGCUGCAGGUGCGCUCCUUGCGAGAAACUUCGCUCACCGGCCUCCACAACCGCCGCGCCGUCACCGCCCUCGACCAACUGCAGUUGCAGCCCAUGCAAAUCACAGCAGCCAAUGUGACGUUCGCCACCCUGUGAUAGAAUUAAAAAAAUAAUAACUGAAACAAAUGUCUUGCGACCGCCCGUGUGAUACUCUCCCAUGUUAGUGUAUGUGUGUGCGCUAGUGAGUCCAUCGGGAGUAAAUUUUUCUCCCGAGGAGUCCCAUUCCCGGAAAAAAUCUCCUUUUCCCACCCACUCCCAGCGAGUUCUGUGUCAAAUAUCUCCUGGGAAUUCCCGUUCCCGAAAAAUUUUUCCCGGGAGUCCCGGUUAUUACUAUUUUUAAUUUUUAUAAUGAAAAAUUGUAAUUAAGAAUAAGUUUUUUUCCUUAUUAAUAGUGAAAAUUCGAUUUUUUUUGAGUAAAAAACGGGGUUUUUUCUAGCGAAAAAUUGAAAAAAAGAAAAAUUGUAAAAAACAGUUAAUUUUGCUAAAGGUUUUUCAAUAUUUCGCUCCCGGGAAUUCCCGCUCCCGAGAAAAUUUUCCCGGUUCACUCCUGCCUUGAAAAAAUGGAUACAAAAUCGCUCCCGGGAGGCAAUUUUCCCGGGAAUUCCCGGGACUCCUGCAAAUUCCCGUUCCCGUUGGACACACUAGUGUGCGCGUCCUUUGUCCUUUAAAAGUCCAAAAUGACUGAAAUUUAAAAACAUGAGAAAUUUUCUCCUUUUUAUACUAUUUUAUGGAAAAUUUGGAGUUCUUCCCCUGAAACUUUCAACUUUAUCAGUAAGCAUUUAAUUUCAAAUAAUUAAAAUAUAUCAUUUCAUUAUAGAAGAACUUGGAAAGAUUUUUACAAAUAUUAAUUGCAUUUUAAUUAUGAAACAUCCUUGUAAACGGACAGUUAUGAUUAUUUUUAACGUGGAGUUGAACAAUUUACCAAAGUUUAGAGCAGUUCAUCUGUUCAGGAGAAAGCUAAUGACCUGUUAUUUUCCAAUUUUUUUUAUUUUUAUAAUAUUCGGAAUUGGAAUCGGUCAUUCAUUCUUGAUUAAUUUUGAAAAUCAUUGUUAACCUCCACUUAAAAUUGGCAAACGUCCAGGAAAUGAGUAGAUCUGAUUUGUUUUACUUUCCAUUGAAUAUAAAAAUAACAUAAACCCCGUGGAACAAAAGUCGUUUCUGUGCGUAACCGAUGACUUUGGCUCGUCAAUUAAUCAAAAUGAAGAAUCUAUAUUCUAUGAAGAGUGUGAAAAUUGCAAUUUCAGAUGUUAUUGAGUAAGCAGAGGUUGGUGUAAUUGAUUUCAAGUGACCGUUUUGGGGAAUCGGAAAUAAAAAUAAUGCUCUCUGAACUAAACGGAUUAAUGUGCACUGUUGAUUAUAUAGCAGCAUAAUUAUCUUCUAAUUGUUAUAUAAGCUUUUUGUUAUCACAUAAACAUGUUAUAUAAUUUUUUUUUUUA